CUCCAACAGGCCUCAUCAUGUCGAUGACGAUGUCGAUAAUCUAGUAGCUGCAGCUGUAGCAGCACAUCAGCUGCUUUUUUAGGAGUUACGAACAGAGCACCAGACAACCAGCCUGUCGAUGUUUUGUCGGACUAUAAGUUUACGCACUCAGGAGCAGCACCGUUCACGAACUAAUAUGUAACGGAGGGGUCCUCGACUUUCGACAUUGAAAGCGCAACCGGGCCCGCCUGCGUGUUUGCCUCUGACCGGCUCGUUUCAUGUCCUAGGUCGUUCCUUUCUGCUUCUAAUAUCUUGUCCUGCUGCGUGUUUCGUCUUGACUUUUGACGAGUAGUGGGAGUGCCACCAGCAGCUGCUCCUGCGCUUCACGCCGCCGACGAUUUUUGGUCUCGAGAGUACGUACAAAAGCGCCUGUCUCGACGUAGUGCCAUCAUUGUUCAACCACCUGGUAAUCCGAAGUCGCUGUGAGGACGUCCCUCCGUCCACCAUGUUUCUCUCCCGCCACUGGGGCAAGCCUGUGGAGGUGAAGAAAUCCGACACGGCAACCACGUGGUACCAAGCUGUCCUCGUUGGCGAUGGCAAAAACGGCGAGGCCGCCCGGGUCCGCUUCCCCUACGAGAUAUUCCCUUUCGACGCGAUAGCACAAGCGAGCGCGGCCGCGUCGGGCUACGGCGGGCUGAAAAACCGCGACGUGAUUUUAAAUCCAACUGCCCUUGCCGGGAACGGGCAACCAGGGAGCAGUGUGAGUAAGACCACUUUAUGUGCCUACGAUGCGGAGAACGUUCUGUGGGCGGAAAAAUUGGUUUUCGUUAAGCAGUGCUGCCGGGAACGACAGAGACCGACCGCAGCGAGCAACUGGGAACCGAGCGUGAAUGAGUAAGAAGAAGAACUUCUUCACAUGAUAGAUGAGGAUUCAACAUGUGAUAAAUGCAGGGAAACAAGACCACUAUGCUAAUGCUGCUCCCUCUGCUUCUUUGUCUUCUCUUCUUGUUCUUCAUUGAGAGUUUCUUACUUUUUUCCGCAGUGCAGUAUUUAGCAGGGGGUAUUCUGGUGACCCGCAGAAGAACUCGGCUGUGAUGUUGUCGGGAGGAUAAGAGCCCUUGCUUCCCACCACAGUCACGCCCGGGUCUGCAAUCCCGUGCAGGUCUGGGAGAUGCCGUAGUGGAAUACCGAAAAGCGUCCUUGCGGAGGCGGUAGGUCACCAUGAUGCCUACUAGACCUCGGUUGGAGGCUGACAAUAUGUCAAUUCGUGUUGCAACAUGGUAUAAUAGUUACACGGGUCGCUGGCGCUGCACCACCUCCAAACAAGAUCACUUCUCUUGCCUCUUUAUGAUCAAGAUCUAUCGAAAAACAUCACCAGACUCGUGGAGCUUUCCUUCGAGGCCAACAAGUACUACCCCGCUGGCUGGGCGCUUGGCCGCGUGACCGGCACGAAAGACGAGUUUUAUUUCGUCCGGUUUGAGGUUGACGAGAGCUCGGGUUUUACGAAAGACCAAAAGACCGUGAUCGUGAAGAAAGACGUCUUGCGCCGCCUUCCUGCGUUGCCAGACGGCAUGAUGAGUGGCAAAAAUCAGAUCAUUUCUUCCGCGACAGGGGCUCCAGCCCUCGGUGGUCCAGCAGCAUCCAGCAGUCGCCUGACAUCUUCACAGCAAAUGCUGAAUUACAGUCGGUCGAUCUGCCCGGAGGGCAGGUUCAGCAAGAAAAUCUGCGAGUUGCCGGACCCGGAAGAUCUGCACAGUUUGUGGCUAUUCACACCGGACGCGGUGGAGAUCCUGUCGCAGCUGAAGAGAAAACUGGAGCUGGUGGUACUAUUUUUUUUAUUUUUAUUAUGUUCAUACGUCUGCAGCCGCUGCGAAGCAUAUAGAUGUCUGUGUGAAGCAAGAAGAAAACUCAAGAGCAGCAUCAGCAUCAGAAGUUUUCAACGUUUUUUUAGAACAGGGACCCAGUGGUCGAUGAUUUUACGUUACAGGGACCCAUGAUUACGUGAAAACUUCUAUCACAGCUCAUCGUCCCCUCGCCUGAAGUGUCCUUCGGCGCGAUGACGGGUGAGCAGCGCGAGCAAUCCACCGCGGAGAUCGCUCUGUUCGCCGCGGGGGACAACGAACGGAGCUUGAAAAACCUAGAACAAGCGGAGCUGCUCCUGCAGAUACACUGGCACCACCAAACCAAGAUCCAGGCGUUUACGCGGGAACGAGAAAAGAAACUGAAGGAGCUGGAGGCGUUAAAGGAGAAAUUGGACCGGGGGACGGCAAUGGUAUAGGCAACUUCAGUUUUUUUUUCUUGAAAUAGGUAGAGGCGAAUCCAUCUUGAUGUUCAUCGUGGCGUGCUGUCAUGCGCGUUGGCCUGCUUGUGUAUCUCGACCGUGUCGUGGCAAUAAAGAACAAGAAAGAUAUUAAAGAAAAAGAUGCGUAGUAGAAGAUCUAGAUCAUGGGCCACACAACUAAAAUUCCACCCCAGCACCGCGAGAUUUCUGAGAAGGUUGUCGGCAAGUUGAUCGGUAAGAACGGGAAGAAUAUUGCCAGAUUACAGGAGAAAUACGGCGUUGAGAUCAAAGUUGCGGAUAAGAAGCCAACGAAAGCUACAGCGGCAACCCUUGUAGAGGUAGAACAUGAACAAGUCGAAGAGGAAGAUGAGCAGGUUGCAGCUGAGCCGGCGACGGCGCAGGACGACACCAAAAUAAACGGAACUUCUUCUAGUACCACGCCAAAGGGCGGCAGGUCGAACAAAAAUAAUUCCGCGGUAAAAAAUAAGCCCGCAACUUCUUCUGCUACGCGGAAAAUCACCAUUUUUGGGAUUGACAAGGACGCGGUAAAGCAAGCGUGGGAAGAAACGGAUCUUGCAAUUUCUGAGAUGAAACUGACACAGGAUCAGUGCAAGUUUCUAAGGCAGAAGUGCCAAUUCUCCGAGCUCAUGCAGGAAACGGGAGCGAGCUUUAUCGGGUAAAGUUGUUUUUUUGGUAAAACUGAUUUUUGAUGUGACACUGACAUACAUGCCUGGUGAGACUCGUUUGUACAAAAGCAAAAGCAUGCGUGAAGACACUAGGGACGUUUAAAUAAUAUUUUACGUCGGCCUUCUAGUGAUCAGCUGGGAGAUUCUAAAACGUAUGCAUCAGCAUGGUAUGUUGCAAACAACACUACAAACCCAUCCCCUUAUCAGGUUCGGCUCGAAGGAGUCCACCACGCUAGAGGUUAUCGGGAAGGAGAUAGAAGUGGAGGAGGCAAAGCUGAUAUGCAUUGCAAAACUAUCGCACUAGUAUGAAUUGCAUUACAAAUUUCCCCAAGAACAAAAAUGCAAUUUGUCAUGCUAUUUCAGGAAGCAAGUUGGAUUUGUCAUGCAUAUCUGCAAUUAGUACGAGUGUGAUACUUUUGCUCAGGAUAGCUGAUCCUGGAGGGCCAUCUGCUCUACUACAGCAGCUACCAAAGCAUGAAUGAGGCGAAAGAAACACUGCGCACUGAGGAGGAAAAGGUAAGUAUAGCUAUAGAAGAUUUUCGUCAACAACAACAUCAUGCUCGAGCACUAAAGUAUGAAACGCGAGGACACACAGCUGCGACAUCGAUCAUGUGCAUCACGUUUUUGAGAAGUUGGGAAACGAACGCUGAUGUUGCACCUCAACAACCAGAAGAUGAAUGCUAGUUCUCACUUAUUUCUUUGGUCACAUCAAUUUUCUCAGUUCCAACAAGAAUACGGACGUGCCGGAGGCAAGGGAAAGCGAAAAGGUCGCAAGUCUGCCAAAGACGCAAACGACAACAACGAGGCUGGUGCAGAUAAUUCGGACAAACAGAAAAAAGGAUCUUCGAAAGGUGGCAAGGGGGGUAAGAACGCAAACAAGAACAACAAAUCUAAGCCCGAUAAACACGAGAAGGACAAAAGAGAGAAGUCUGAGAAUAAAGAUAAAAGAACUAAGCCUGAUCACGCAGCUGCUCCAAACGAGAAAAACACAAAGCCGGAGAUCGCCCCCAACCCAAACGAGCCGUCGACUACCAGUAGCCCCGAUCUGAAAACCAACAAACCUUCGUCCCCGAGUCCGAAGAGCAAGGGGGGAGCGAAGCGGAAGGGAAGUGUCGACUCUGUGGUCGAGACGGCCACCGCAGCCGAGGCCGCAGCGCCGGCUGCCACGGUGGGGGGCGAUUGAUUUACUUUUAUCUUUUCUCACCACGAACAUGAUUUGCUAUGAGGAGCAUGCUGUAGUCGUCCUAAUCUGUCACUAUUUUUAAAAUGAACACAUAGAAAAGUUUUACUGGAUGAACUGCUAGAAGAUUGAUGGGUAGUUCUUCUGGAGGAGGUCUUUGUAUCCGCAUUGCUACGGGGUUUUUGCUCUCGCCCUUUUCCGCUCAGAUUUUCUGUUUUUCUCCUGGGUGGUAGCCGCGUCACGACGUACAAUAAACGACCAAAAUAUAAAUCGAGGACUAGUUCAUCUAGUUCAAGCCAAGGUAUAGUACUCAAACGAGCAUAAGGGUAAGGCAUGCGCCUCGAAAAAUACAAAUUCAAAUUUCUUGAGAGGUAGCAUGUCUUUUUUUCUCGUGUGAAUUGAAUUCCUAGAAACCUGUGUCUGUGCUAUAAUGACGGCCAUCUGUUGAUCUGGCAAAUGUACUCCAGCUGGAUCAACAUCCAAUUUUCGUCUCUGUGAACAAAUGUUGCUGGAAGGCUGUUUUCUGUGAAAUGACUCUAAGCACUUUGAGUUUGUUGCAAAGGCCAGCAUAGUUCAAAAGAAUGGGUGUACUGUAGGAGAUGAAAUAUAUGCGUCUUUGCAGUUUCAUCUCGAAUCAGAGCAUUCGUGUGAUUAUAUCAAAUCGAAAUCGUAAGUGGUCGCUUGAAGUUGCGCAGCCCUCUUGUUUUCUUGCUUUGAAGAUUCUGCAUCGCAGAAGU